AUGGGCUGCUGGAAAGAAGAAAGAAUGGAGUUACAGUGUACAGUACUGGAGACUGUAGACCUUGACUCUGGCAAAAGAAAAGAAAAAGCUGCCGUUGGUCGUCGGCCUGCAUCGGUACGUAGGCAGAAUAUGCGUUUACCACAACAUCGCAAUCUCGUCGAAUUUAAGGCUGGUAAAAUGACGAUGACUGGAAAAUUGGUCAAGCCAGAUCAACGAAAAGGACUUCUAUAUGUAUUUCAGGGUGAUGAUAGUUUAAUGCAUUUCUGUUGGAAAGAUAGGACCACUGGUAAAGUUGACGAUGACUUGAUUAUCUUUCCCGAAGAUGUAAACUUUAGUCGAGUUACCCAAUGUACUACUGGACGAGUAUAUGUAUUGAAAUUUCGCAAUUCAGCUCGAAAGCUUUUCUUUUGGAUGCAGGAUAUCAAAACUGAUAAAGAUGAAGUUAAUUGUAAUAAGGUUAACGAAGUAUUAAAUAAUCCAAGUGCUGCCUUGAGUUCCGCUGGCUCCAUGUCAAAUUCUGAAUUAAUGAGAAUGUACGGAUUUGGAGGCGCAAAUCCUGGCCUGCCCAAUGUUGACGCUUUAGAUACGACUGGAUUGCUUUCGGGUAUAUCUCGCCCUAGUCGCCCUCACUCGUCACCAGCUGCAGUUGCAUCCAGUAACUCGAACAGCCAGGGAAAUUCACGACCAGCAACCGCAACACCAAAUGUUGUUAAUGCAGCCGAUGAUAGGAACACAACCACACCACAACAACAACGUACUACUCAACUGAGUGACAUUCAGAAUAUUCUAGCAGGAUUGCCAGUAGAAGUUGACUUAAAUCAGAUGUUGGAUGAAGCUGCAGUUUCGUCACUAAGUAGUAACUCGCAAUUAUUGCAGCAGUUACGGCCAUUCUUACCCCCUGGUAGCGAAAAUGAGAAUACUAGCGAACGCUUACGAGAAACGUUAACGUCGCCUCCUUUUCAGCAGGCAUUAAGUUCGUUUAGCACAGCACUUCAAUCCGGUCAGCUUGGUUCCAUGAUGGAUCAACUUGGAAUGGCUGACGCACUUGACGCGGCUGGUCAAGGAGAUGUGACAGUAUUUGCAAGAGCUCUAGAGACUGCUGCUAGGGCCGGUACUUUACAGGAUAACACCCCACCACCUUCUUCUGAUAAUACCAAAUCGUCAGAAUCGAAAGAACAAUCAUCGACAAGUGACAAAGAUGAAAAAAAUAGCGACAAUGAUCAUAAGGAUGCUGAAGGAAAGAUGGAUGUAGACCCAUAG